AUGGCUGUUAGUGAGCUUUUCAGCUACAAAAAAGGGAGUCCUGAUCGUGAAAAGGUUUGGGUAAGCAUCCAAGAAACGCUAAACUCGAUAGAAAAUCCAAAGUUUCUGCUGAAAGACAAGAGAGCCGUCCGUGAUCGGUGGACCCUUCUUCAAACCAAAUUCAAGAAGCGUAUAAGGGCAGAAGAAAUGGCGAGUGGUAUUGAUUGUGAGCUUUUAGAAAAGGACCGUCUUAUCGAAGAACUAUGCGAGAAAGAAGAAAGCCAGACAGCCAACAACAAGAAGAAGACAGAGGACAAGGCAGCCGCCGAGGAUGUACGCAAAAAGGCGAUGCAGAGAAUGGGCGGUGGAAAAAGGAAAGCUAAAGCAGACGGCGAAAGUGACGAAGCUUCUACUUCGGGGGGUAAAAAGAGUAGGCGGAGUGGAGGAGAGGUUGUUGAGUUUCUACGUGAAAAGGCCAAAGCUGAACAAGAGUCCCGAACGGAGCAAGCCAGGCAGCAAAGUCUUCAAAUGGAGCUACUCAGAAAGCAAUCAGAAGGCCAAAUGCAAUUAACCCAAGCACUUGUGCUAAUGUUGCAAAAAAUGAGUGAAAAGUAAGCACAACUUCAGACCUUUUACUAUCGUUUAACAGUCCUUUAAUACUGCAUGACUGUUUACAUUUCUCUUCCUUUUAUCGUUUAUAUUGUUACUGUGUACUAGAAAAAGAAAUCCAUGUUGAGUUAUUUGAAAUGCAUGGACUCAAUGCAUGACUGAGUCCAGGUCGAUGCCAGUUUGUUACUAUGUCAGAGAGCCAAUUUCAGAUUGACAAUAAGAUAUAAAUGCUGUUGUUUUAUAUUUGUAUGACUAUUGUUUGAUUCGUAACACCUAGGCUAUUCACUGAAAUACUGAUUCAAUCAGGAAAACAAAUUAUUAGGAUGAUCAAAUUAUUUAUAGGAUUAUCAGUUUAUCGGAUUGAAUCAGUAUGAAUGUAUGUAUUAUGGUGAAAAUAAACAAAAGCAUUUUUUGA